UGGAUGCUCGGUCUAGUCCGACGAAAGCUUUUCGUAGUCAGCUAAGAUCGUAACCUCCUCACAACAAACGUCUCAAAGUGAAUCGAUUCUUUCAGAUACCCGAUGUUAGCGUAUGUGUGUCUCACCGUCAGCAUUUACAUUUCGUCCGCUUUUCGCUUGCGCUAGCCACCCGGUUUGUGGUAACCUCUCUGGUUGGAGAAGCCAGCGAGAAAGGACGUAUAACGGCUCUAGCCAAGUUCAGCUAAACAAGAUGGCUAGCUAAAUUGUUGGCCCCUACUUGGAAGCUAGCAAAGGGCUCCUGCUGUGUAAUUUUCCAGCUAACAUUGUCGAAAUCACAUGUGUGCUAUGUUAUUGUUGCAUUUUGAGGUGUUUUUCAAAAAGUAAAUUUACUAAGGAGCCUAUUGGGACAGAUUCGAAAAAAUAAUUGCCUUUAGAAAAUUAUCAAAAGAGGGAAGGGCAGUCCUCAGUUUUACUCCCAGUGGACUGGACUCAUUUAUCUCGACACCGAUAAAGUUUCAUCAUUGGAACUGAAAACUUAACUAUAAAGCAAACAUGAGCACCGCCAGAACAGAGAACCCAGUAAUUUUGGGUUUGUCCAACCAGAAUGGACAGCUUAGGGGCUCUGUGAAGCCUGCUGGAGGACCAGGUGGAGGUGGAGGAGGCCCACAACAGCAGCAACUAAGCCAGAUUAAAGGCCCCAGCACAAUCAAUAAUGGUAGCUCUCAGUCAUCCCCUGCAGCCAACACUGUCAUCAAGCCAGGCGAUGACUGGAAGAAAAAUCUGAAACUACCCCCAAAGGACAUGCGGAUGAAAACUUCUGAUGUGACUGCAACAAAGGGCAAUGAAUUUGAGGAUUAUUGCCUAAAGAGGGAGCUUCUUAUGGGAAUCUUUGAGAUGGGCUGGGAGAAACCAUCCCCAAUUCAAGAAGAGAGUAUUCCCAUUGCACUUUCAGGAAGGGACAUCUUAGCCAGAGCCAAGAAUGGCACGGGAAAGAGUGGAGCCUACCUCAUCCCCUUACUUGAACGCAUUGACCUGAAGAAGGACUGCAUACAAGCACUGGGCAUAGUGCCCACCAGAGAACUGGCUCUGCAAGUGAGCCAAAUAUGUAUCCAGGUCAGCAAACACAUGGGUGGGGUGAAAGUCAUGGCAACCACAGGUGGAACCAACUUGCGUGAUGACAUUAUGAGGCUUGAUGAAACAGUACAUGUUGUCAUCGCUACUCCGGGGAGGAUUUUAGACCUCAUCAAGAAAGGAGUGGCCAAGGUCAACCAAGUGCAGAUGAUUGUUUUAGAUGAGGCUGACAAGCUUCUGUCUCAAGACUUUGUAGUGAUGAUGGAGGAGAUACUGGGCUUCCUGCCCAAACAGAGGCAGAUCUUGCUUUACUCUGCAACCUUCCCGCUCAGUGUGCAAAAGUUCAUGAAUUCUCAUUUGCAGAAGCCUUAUGAAAUCAACCUGAUGGAGGAGCUUACCCUGAAGGGAGUGACUCAGUAUUAUGCUUAUGUGACUGAAAGGCAAAAGGUUCAUUGCCUUAACACCUUGUUCUCCAGGCUCCAGAUCAAUCAGUCCAUAAUCUUUUGCAACUCAUCUCAGAGAGUAGAGCUCCUGGCCAAGAAGAUCUCCCAGCUCGGCUACUCAUGUUUCUACAUCCAUGCCAAGAUGAGACAGGAGCAUCGCAACCGUGUGUUCCAUGACUUUAGGAAUGGCCUGUGCCGGAAUCUUGUCUGCACUGACCUCUUCACGAGAGGAAUUGACAUUCAAGCUGUGAAUGUUGUGAUCAACUUUGAUUUUCCCAAGCUGGGAGAAACUUACCUUCAUCGUAUCGGUAGAUCUGGCCGUUUUGGACACUUGGGUCUUGCCAUCAACCUGAUCACAUAUGACGACCGCUUCAACCUGAAGGGUAUUGAGGAGCAGCUUGGAACAGAGAUUAAGCCAAUCCCAGGCAUCAUCGACAAGAGCUUAUAUGUGGCAGAGUACCACAGUGAGAGUGGGGAAGAGGUCAAGCUGUGAGCAGAUCAGUCACCCCCUCCUCCCGUGUAUCCCUUUUUUUUCUUCUUUUUUUUGUCAUGCCCUCAUGAGUGUUGGACUCCCCCCUCCCCCCACAUGUACAGCUUCUGUCUGUCUUCCUGUUUUGGGUGCCACCACCAGGAAUGUGUGUUUUAAUGGAUGCAUUUUGGAAGAACUGAAGUCCCUUUUCAUAGGGCCCUCUGCUGCACCACUAUGUCCUGUUGACAUUAGAAGCACUCGUUGGAGGAGGAAAGCAGGGGACCGAGUUGAAAAUAUAUUGGCGCACAUUUCGAUGAUUCAAAUCCACCAACUUCUGCAAGGCCAGCACAGACCACGAUCUCGUACCCUCCAUUUCUUUUGUUUAUUUAUUUUUAUUUUGGAAGUUUUUAGCGAUUUGUAUCAAGUGCCUUAAUAAGCAGCUCAACCUGUUCUGAAGUAAUAACUCAUUUUCCCCACAUCAUAUAGGUCACUUUGUACUGGAAAUCGGUGUUCACUAAAUUUGUUUCACUAACUCAAUGUCCAGCCACAUACGUGAAGUCAUAAAUACAUUUAGGUCGGGUCGUUCGUUUAUUUCGAUCAUGAGAUAUUUAGGAGGGUGCUGGUCUGAAGUACUUUUUUUUCCACUGGUCCGGCUGUACAUGAGUCUGGCUGCUAUAUGAGGACAAACUUGGAUUUUCCGUAGACUGGGAUUCUGGAAUUUCUUUUUUUCCAAGGGACAGCCAAAGACGGUCUGUCCAGUUUGCAAAAGAAGUGCGUGCGUGCGUGUGUGUGUGUGUGUGUGUGUGUGUGUGCGUGUGUGUGCAUGCAUGUGUGUGUGUGUGUGUGUGUGUGUGUGUGCGUGUGUGUGUGUGUGCGUGCGCGCCUCUAAGACCCAAACUCUUUCCUCUUCCAGUUGUCAGUAACAGAACACUAAAUUUUGAUGAGUGCUCUGCAGCCCUUCAACACCGAGUCACAAGGAUUCCUGUUUUGGUGGAGUAUGACGGGGGAGAACCCUUCUUUGUCCUGUGUCUCACCUUCCUAUGGAUGGCCAUACUUUAAUCUGCAAGAUGUGCGGCGAACAUGAGUCGUACUUUACACCAUGUAUAUACUUCAUUUAAUUUUUUUUUUUUCCUCCUAAAACACAAGUCUGAAAGGCUGGCUGACAAAGUGAAGUGCUUUUUUCUCCUUAUGGAUCUGGUUAGCACUGGAGACCGCUUUAACUGCCAGUCUAUCCUUGAUGUGCCGCAUUGGCCUGUGAAUUUAGCUGAUUUAAGAAAUUGCAGACUUCAUUAGAAUCGACAUUUGAAAUACGCGCAUGACAUGUUUUUGGAGGCAGCUGACCACCAAUAUACAUUUGAGCCCCUCCAAGUGCGAGUGCUAAUAUUCAAAGCGGUAGUUAUGCUGAGAUGAUCAAAAUUAUUUAAAUUAUUACCCUUAAUUAUCCUUGAGUUACCAGUGUUAACAAGUUUCCAUUCUGGACAGAUGACUUUGUUAAACUUAUGUGCAUUUGAACAAUGUCUUUCAUUUGUGUCACCAGCCUUAGCUUGUUGAAUCAUGAAGCACUUGUCAGGCUCUGUGGUCAGAGUGAGUAUUUGUUUGAAAAGUAAAUAUUAUCAUGUAGUAGUAGUAGUGGUACUACUUGCUGCAGUGCAGCUGACCUGGCAGAGAGAAUUUCUGUUUAUUUCUGGGGAGAUAUUAGCUGUUACGUUGGCCUACGUGCCCUUGUGGCACCGGUACAUUACUUUGCAAAUGUCAAAUGUUUGGGCUGUUUUUCUUCCCCCUUUGAAGAAUGUUGGGUUAAUGUAUCAAAACGAUCUGACCCAAAAUGUAGCAGGAAUUCAGUCUCUGUGCAUUGUAAGUCCACUGGUUUUACACAAAUCAGUUGACAAAAGAUGCUGCACAAAAUAAAACCUUAUUAGGGUGGGCUGCACUUGUUAAUUACAGAGAAAUGGGUUCAGGCAAUAACACUGACUGCACUGCUUUUUGUUUACUUGCAUCAGCCCAAGUGGCAGUCCAAAAGUGUGGUAGGGGGUAGAACAUGGGUUUGGGAGGGAUGGAAAAGGGAUAUGGAGAAUUGUGAAUUGAAAGCUAAUGAAAACAAGAAAUAAUGUGUGGGCACCUCCAGACUGCUGUGAGUGUAUGGCUGACUCUUGUGCCCUAUAAUGGGUGGUUAUUUGGGGAAUUGGGUUACAAAAGCUUGUGGUAUUAUGCAAGCUUCAUUCUUUUUUGACAUUAAGCGCUUCUGACCCCUUAUUUGGUCAGCUUGAGCCUUUCUACAAAUUCAAGAAACCCCUUGACACCAAAAUGGUGAGAUGCUUUUAUUUUUGACUUGGUUUGAGCCAACAAGAAGUAAUCCAAAUUUUAUUUAUUGACCUGUUUUAAGACCACCACCUUUUUGCAAGGCGAGAAUAGCCUGUAUUUCUCACUGAAUUUCUUGUUGGUUAAAACUGUGAUCCCUGUUCUCUAAAAUCUGUCCCCUAAUACUUACAUUUUUCUCAUUAGGAUGUUUUUGUGGGUGGGUGGGAGUUAAACUUUUAAAAGGUAAGAAAUGUUAACAGAUUAGAGAACAGGGGUCAAAUCACAGGCACUUGGCGGCUGUCUGUUAUCAGGCCACUGGUAGUCGUAGCCACAGCUGAAGUUUUUGGUGGUGAAAUUAAUUAUCCCUCAGGAUAUAUAUUUCUUUUGUUUACGCUGCAUUUGAUGGCGUUUCGCUACGCUCCCAGUGGCUCGGGCUUUGAAUUAUCUUUAAGAUUGAGACGAGAGUAUCUCACCGUAGAUUUGAUCUACCUAAUUGGAUGGUUUGUACACAUAUCUAAAUUGUCUCACUCUUGAAGGUUUUUCUGUUGCUAAAUUUAAAGGGUUGGGGAAAAUAACUUGCUGCCCUGAUGCAGAUAUUAAUCUCCUUGAUAGUUUUAAUUGCAGCACACAGCUCAGCUGGUGUGUAAACUCUGGCUUGUUCCAUUGCUUGCCAAUCAAGGAAGAUUUGAGAGUAGUUCUUUUGGAAUUCCUCUCACAAUUGAUGCAUCGGAAAAAAUUCCAUGGGGAGGGGCAAUAACAUGUUCCAAAGAUCUAAAAGAUAAGUGUUGGGUAUGAAAAAUUUUGAGAAAUUUGCCCUUAGGUUUUUGCUUCAAAUCUGCUCCGUCAGGGUUCACUUUGUUGAAAAUCAUGGCGUCAAUUUUAACUGAAGCAUCUAAAGCCUUGAAAAUUCGGCCUUUAUUCAUAAUUGGCAAUUUCUUUCAGUGAAGCGAGAUAUAAUGGACUUUCAAAAAAAUAUCUGUUCUUAUUGGAAGUGAUUUGAAGAAGUUUUUGUUGACAAUAAAGCUCACUGAAAUUU